GACUAUGACAGAUAUCGUCUAUCCGUCUAUCGCUACCCUGGCUGUAUGGUAUCUCAACCAGAGGGCAACUGGUCUGGGCUACACUAGACUACUCUUGCUCAUCGUCUGCGUGAUGCUGCCACGAGUGCACGCGCUGCCAAUCUCACCAGCCAACCUGACACAAAGGGGAUGCAGACACACACUCAAUGUGCUUGUCAAGCUGCUCGUGCUCACAGGCAUCCCUACCUUGCUGGUUGGUCGUUGGGUGUGUGGCAAUGAAGGCGGAAGCGAUGACACUAGCUCAAAGAUACGUCCAUGGGCAUUUCCAAGUGAGUUCAAGGCUUACGGGGAUGAUUUCCAGAAAGUGGAAGACGCACUUUAAGUCGUGGGCGUCAAUCAAUGGCUUGGCUGACGUCGUGGCUGAUGAGGCGCUCCACGAGAGACCCCAGCUGACACAAGUCGGCAACAUGCCUGUACCACAAUACGACGACAACGGCAAGUGGACUGAUGCUUACAAUCAACAGAACGCAGAGUGGGAUCUGCUGAAGCACCAACAGAAGGACGAGAUCCACAGGCGUCAUCUCCUUCACGCUGAGCUCUUGUCGGCCUGCAAGGGUAACGACACUGCCUUCAAUCUGGUGAAACGCACAGAUAGAGGCAGCAGAGGAAGACAAAGACGGACUGUUAAGCGUGGAUGGAUGGCU